AUGGGCAAGGCGCCUACAAUGGACGACUCACCAGGAGAAGAACACGCUGCAUUCACGCAAUGGGCCGUGUCCCACGGAAUCAAGAUCAAGGGCAUAGCUCCAGCCCGAUUCCCCGGCCGGCGACUAGGCAUGAUCGCGACGCGCGAUAUAGAAGAAAAUGAAAUCAUGCUCUCCAUCCCCGUCUCUCUGAUGCUUACAAUCGACUCAAUUCCGGAGUCCUUUGUGUCCCUGUUCCCAGCGGAGACAUCCAUUCAUGGGGUUCUGGCUGCGUUUUUGACGCACGGGGAUCCGGGGCUUCUGGCGGAGUUGGACGCCUGGCGCAGUGUUUGGCCCGAUUGGGCGGAAUUUGAGAGCAGCAUGCCUGUCUUUUGGCCCGCACGGUUACGGCGGUCGAAUUCUUCUGUGGUGGGAAGAGGCGAUAGUGUUUCUGAAGGCCUUACUUUUCUCCCACCGUCUAUAUCGGGCUUAUGGGAUUCUUUUGAAAAGUUGGCCGGGCCAGAAGACUAUGAGUACGAGACGCGGUACCAGAAUCUCCUUGCCCAGCAGGAGAAACGGCUGCAGGAUGCAUGGAAACAUGUUCUAUCCGUAUUCCCAGAGACGGAUUGGAAGGCUUUCGCGUAUAACUGGGCCAUUAUCAACUCGCGAAGUUUCUAUUAUGUUUCCCCUGGAAAAGACGAGCCUGAAGAUUGGAAUGAUGCGAUUGGAAUGGUUCCAUAUGCGGACUAUUUUAAUCAUGUUGAUGAUGCGGCCUGCGAUGUUACAUUUAACGGGAAAAAGUAUACAUUCAGAGCUACAAGGCGAUAUGAUAAAGGCGAAGAGAUAUACAUGAGCUAUGGCUCACAUUCGAAUGAUUUCUUACUUGUCGAAUACGGCUUCUAUCUCGACAACAACCCAUCCGACGGGGUAUACCUCGAUGAUAUCAUUCUCAAGGACCUUACACCCUCCGAAAAGGAAGAGCUAGGUGGGCAGGAUUGUCUUGGGAAUUUUGAAAUAACAGCAUCCGGCGCAGACACGAAUACCGUAGCUGCUGCGGGACUAAAAUAUAUGGACCGGCAAGACUGGCGGGAGUAUGUUGCGGGGGCUUCUGAAAAAGGGCUAGAUGCGAGAAAAACUGCGGAUAUUAUAGGUGGCUGGGUUGCAAAAUACCUACAGGAAUGCGAGGUGACCAUUAAUUGUCUCUCAGAAGGGUCUACCGAGUCUGAGGCCGAGAAAGAGAAACUUGAUUCGAUACUCGCUCGGUGGAAACAGAUACAACAGCUCUGCGAGACUGCUGUAAAUGCGGUGAAUGCUAUAGCUCAAUAA